AUGUCAUACCCUCCCACCCAUCAUCAUCCUCCCUCUUCCUCUUCCUCCUCCUCUUCCUCCUCCUCUUCCAAAUCAGAGCGACAACCACCACCUCCCAAUCCUUCCAGUCGCUCUCCCGCGCCUGAUCCGCCCCUCGCGGCCCCCAAAUCCCCUAGAUCGGGCCUGAGUCGGGCCGUUCACAGCCUGCUGGGUGCCCCGCAGCCCAGCCCAAGCUCGUCUGGCAGUGGAAGCAUCUUUUCCGCCAGUCGUCUGAAUCUCCGGAACACUGUCGAACCACUCGUCUCAUCACCUCUGCGCAUCAGUUCCUCAAUGGCGUCUGCUCCAAGCUCUCCGGAGCGCUCCAGGCGCGAGACCGAGGAUGCGCCGCGGCGAUCCUUGGAUCAGCUGCCCAAUGAUCCUGACCGUCCCGCAACGACAGGCCAUGCGGUUGGUCUGGACGAAAAUUCAACCCAACCGACACUGGAUCCGCCGACCCCUAAGAAACGCAAAGAUAAAGCUCACGGCCGUGGUGCCAUGGCUGCUGUUAUGUUCGGCUUGGAAUCAAAAUUCUUGCCUAAGAGCUUCAUCCGUGGACGGGACUUGGGCCGGGAGUCGUCGAGACGCGGCUCGUCGCUGGACUCCCGGUCUGACUCGUCUAUUUCUCGUCUGGGUCGCCCACUGUCUCCCGGUGCCCGGUUUCUCAACGUGGGCUCGUCAAAACCCAACACAGAUCGGAGCAAGCUGAUUAACAUGGAAGAACACAACAAGUCGGAUGAGGGUUUGGCCAAACGUACCAACGUUCUGCCUGAUUAUGUGAAACCCUCCGAGCAGGAGGAUUCCGGCGAGCGCUUGGCUAAGGAUGUGUUUGACCGCGAGAAAAAUAUGAUUGAAAGCAGCGAAGAAGAGGAUGAGGGAAGCUCGAGCGACGAAGAACCCCUUUCCCAGACUUCAUCACUGCAAGCAGACGAAAAGAAAGGCCCUGAAGGUCCUGACCUCAGCGCUAUCACCCAGAGCGCAUUUGAAACCACCAAGGACGACAAAGCGCCUGCCGUCUCUGAAGAAGAACAAAACUCACCCGAGAAGCCGACUGAUGAGAAGAAGCCCCGGAAAUCCGCGUUGAAAGCCAUCGUGCAUCCGCAGACCAGCUUUGACAUCCAGACUCCGAAUACGCAAUCGGCAGCCAACACCCCUUACGGCUCAGAUGAUGAGGACGAGAUGGUAGACAUCAAGCGAGCUCAGAAGCUCGGCAUUUCCAUGUCCGCGAUUGACAAUCUUGUGCCUAACCGAUCUAUCCGCACGAUCGUCCGGGGAGAUUACAAUGGUCUGCAAGAGGAAGCUGAUCAUGGCCGCCUCCGCCAACGCAAGUACCUAGUCGCCACAGAUCUGAGCGAGGAGUCCGUGUACGCGCUGGAAUGGACAAUUGGGACCAUUCUCCGCGAUGGUGAUACCAUGUUCGCUCUCUACGUUGUGCAUGAAGACUCCAAUAUGUCCUCGGGCCAAGUCGGUGAAGGCGCGAAAGCGAUUCGGGAUGCGAACGCUGUUGUGCGUUCCCAGACGAGAGAAGCAACCCAGAACACGGGCGGAUCGCGCACAAUCCUGGGUCGUCUAGGCCCGGGAUCCACCCCGAGAGCUUCGAUUGACAUGCGCGCAUCUCCCAAAGCGGAGGCUGAGCGAGUAAAGGCUGUUGAGCAAGUGUCUAACACGUGCGUGAAGCUGUUGCGGAAGACUCUCCUACAGGUUCGCAUUGCUGUGGAGGUUAUCCACUGCAAGAACCCGAAGCUUUUGGUUACUGAAGCCGUGAGUUUUGGAUCUUUUGGAUCUCACUACUGCAGAAUCUAUCCCGCUAAUAACGAUCAGGUUGAUGAACUAGAGCCCACCCUCGUGAUCGUCGGUGCUCGAGGUCAGAGUGCUUUGAAGGGUGUCCUUCUCGGUUCUUUCUCGAACUACCUGCUCUCCAACUCCUCGGUGCCUGUCAUGGUCGCACGUCGCAAGCUCAAACGACACCAUUCCAAGGGCCGGAACAAGACCAACGUGCGCCUGUCCAAUAACCUCACGACCCCGAAGAGUCUCAUCCAUGCCAAAGUGGACUGA